ACACACACACAACAAAAGGGAACAAAAAUAGAAUCAAACCCCAAAGGUCAUCUCUCGUAGUUGCAGUACUCCUUUGGGCUACCGUAUCCUUCUUUAUCUAUCUUUUCCCUCCGCCACUAGAAACGGCACGCGCCGCCAUUCUUUCUAUUUAUAUUCGUACAAACGCGGAAACGCAUACGUAUAAAUUUACGUAUGCAAAUACAAUUUCCAUGUCACAAUAACUUAAACGGAACAAAUCUAGUAAAACCCUCCCGCAAAAAUAAUGUACGGAGGCUCCUCCAAGCUCGGUCGCGGUGGAGGCGGCGGACGUGGGGGCGGAGGCCCUCGGAACCGCUCUUUUCCUCCGCCGCCGCCACAGCGCCCUUCUUCUGCUACCCAAUCAGGCAGGCUUUCCCUUGGCUCCGCCCCUCGUAACCGCCCCGGUAUUGGGGGCGGUUCAGGACCCGCACCGUCUGUCGAAGAGAGCUUUUCUCUUGUUUCUGGGAACAACCCUUUGGCCUUUGCGAUGAUAAUAAGACUGGCGCCAGAUUUGGUGGAGGAGAUCAGGCGGCUCGAGGCUCAAGGAGAGACGGCCAGGAUUAAAUUUGAUUCAAUUCCGACUCACCCUACUGGGAACGUUAUUGAUGUUGGUGGCAAGGAGUUUAGGUUUACUUGGUCACCGGAAUUUGGUGAUCUGUGUGAUAUAUAUGAAGAACGUCAAAUGGGUGAAGAUGGAAAUGGUUUGCUUGUUGAAUCUGGGUGUGCAUGGCGCAAACUGAAUGUUCAACGUGUCUUGGAUGAAUCGACAACAAAUCAUGUUAAGAUGCGGUCAGAGGAAUUUGAACGCAAGCUUAAAUCUCGCAAAGCUAUUAUAUUAGACCAUGGAAACCCAUCAAUGAAGAAUCAAAUCAAGCAAAUGGUUGCUGCUGAGGCUAGUCCAUGGAAGUCCCAUUUUAAAAAAAUGGAGCUUGCUCUUAAGAAGCGUAACGACACACCUCAAGCUGCUGCUGGAGGCCCUCCAAAAUCUGGCUAUAGACCUGGAUUAGUUUCGGCUGCUACUGCGAAGGGAAGACGCUCAUCUUCACCUUUACCAUCUCCACUUGAGCGCUCUGAUGCUGCAGUAUCUCCAAGUGGUCUUGGAAAUACCACCAAGACUCAUGCUGGCAGUGAGGAUGUUAUGCCUUCUCUGGUGAAGAGCAAAGAAAGUAUUUCCAGCUCUGAUAAAGAAAUACCAAGCAGGGCUUCUAGUGCAGGACGUGAGAUGCAAGAACGCAGGGGAAAUUUUGGACCUAAGCCAACGGACUUACAGAGUCUUCUGAUCAGUCUACUGAAGGAGAACCCCAAGGGGAUGAGCUUAAAGGCCUUGGAGAAAGCUGUUGGUGAUACAAUUCCAAACUCUGCUCGAAAGAUCGAGCCCAUUUUAAAAAAAAUUGCAACUUUCCAUGCUCCAGGAAGAUAUUUCUUGAAACCAGGAGUGGAGUUGGAAAGCUUGAAGAAAUCGUCGUCUGAAAGUGGAAGUUCACCUGAAGGUAACCGUCACGAGGCUCCAGCUCCUGAAGAAAACCAAGACCAGACACUGGCUCCAGUAUCAUUCUUGGCGGAGAAAACUGAUGAAGUAGAGGAACAGACCCAUUUAGACUCUAAACUUACAGUAGCAUCUGAUCCAAUGGAACAAAUUGACAUCCAACAACUUUCACCUGAUUUGGGUGGUGAGAGAAAAGCUUCUGACAAUAGUGAGGGGCAAGCAAAUAGUGCUAGUGACAGUGGCAGUGAUAGUGAUAGUGACAGUGACAGCAGUGACAGUGGAAGCGACAGUGGAAGCCACAGCAGGAGUAGAAGUAGGAGUGCAAGUCCAGCAGCAAGUGGGAGCGGUAGUAGCAGUGAUAGUGAAACUGAUGCUUCUUCCAACAGCAAGGAAGGGUCUGAUGAGGAUGUGGAUAUAAUGACAAGUGACGAUGACAAAGAGACAAAGCAGGAUAUGCUGACCUCUGAACCUGGACUUUUGACUUCACCUAUACCAUGGCAAGCUGAACAUGACAUGUCUCUGCAUAACGGAAUGGAUGGAAAUCAAGAUGAUGAUGGAUCUUAUGCUGUUGAUAUCGAGGGUCCUGGAUCAGAUGCUGUUGACAUAGAAAAAGACUUGCCUGAAGAUGAACAGGAAAUUGGAAUGGCUGCCAAUUCUAACAAAGAAGGUGAGAAACAUGAGGAAGGAACGAAACCCUCUUCAUCUGAUCUUGAUGAAUUCCAGGAGCGCCAAAAUUUCAUAGGAAAUUUGUUUGAUGACACAGAAAACAUCGUCAAGAAUAGCGUCAGGAAUGAACAAUCUAAUUACCCAGAGAAGUCUGGCAAAGCGAAAUCUAAAAGGGGAUCUGAUCUGACGCACAUUGAUGAGAAAUCUGAGCGUUCUAAAAGAUUGAAGUCUGAAAGCAUGUCUCAACCACCUGUUUCUGGGAGUAGAGAUGCCGAGUUGUUUGCGAGUAGCAGAUCUGUAGAUGAGUCUUACCAAAGCUCAAAUAAAGGUGAUAGGGAGCAUGCUGACUCUCAAAAAGGAUACAUUCUGGUGUUUCCCCAAAAAUCUAGUACAGAUUUUCAUCAAUCAGGUCGUAGAUCAUCUGAUCAAGGUGCUCGGGGUAAAGCUGUUAAUACGGCUGAAAGGCCUUUGAAACAUACUGAGAGCUCGGGACAUGGUAGUAAGUUUGCUGAGAAGAAUGUGCAUGAAGGUUAUAUCAUUCAAAAAGAAAACCCUACUAGGGACGCCCAAAAUGAGGAUGGUGUAAUGAAGGAAAAGAAGUUAUCAACAAAUACUAAAAAUAUUGGAGGUAAAAAUGCUGUACCUUCUGAUUUCCACCACAGGAAACAUGGUGAAACUUUUGGAAAGCCCAAGGAUUCUGGACAAAAUUCUGGCACUUAUAUUAAUUCUUCCCCGAAGGAUAACAGCAAGGUUAAUGAAGAUAGAUAUCCAGCUAAUGGGAAAAGCAAUGUUCUUCAACGAGAGCUUUCACACUUGGAGUUGGGUGAGAUUCGUGAGCCGCUGAUUGAUGAAACUCCUGUAAAGAAGCAAUUUGAGAAGAAAGGUUCCUUUAAACAGUCAGGUAGUAGACUAAGCAGGGGAAAACCUGCUGGGAAGACAAACUGGGAUUCGGGAAAACCACCUUCACCUAAUCUAAGUGGGCUUAAAAGAACCCCAGAACAUCAUGUUGAAGAUUCAUCCAGAUCGCAUCAUAAGGUUGUUCAGUCUCAACAGCAACAGCUGUCAAGGUUUGACCGUCCAGAAGUUGGGUCACAGUUUAACAGAUUGGCAGAUAACAGUAAAACCAAACAAACAGAAAUUGGCGCAAAACUGGGAGUUGUCCUGGAGGAUUUUGGUGAAAGCCAUAAGAAAGCACCGACUAGUGCACCACAACAGCAGGAAUCCAAACGAGGAUCAGUGUCUCAGUUCAUAAAGGAAAGUAAGAUACCAACGUCUAAUAAAAUGGCGGAUAUGACUGAUUCACGUAAGGAUGCAGUUUUGAAAGAGGGCAAUGUAAAUGGUCGAAAGAAAAGGGGGUCUUCUUCUGAUGAAGACUGUUUGCCUUAUUUUAAGUAUGAAAAAGAUGAACCAGAGCGCAGAGGUCCCAUUAAGGAUUCAUCUCAGUAUGAAGAGUAUGUGAAUGAAUUUCGUGAAAAAUAUGAAUCUUACGAGGACUUGGACAAGACCCUACAGACCUACAGGAAUGAAUUUGAAAAGCUGGGUAAGGACCUUGAAUAUUCGAAAGAUAGGGACAAGGAGAAAUAUUACAAGACCUUGGACCAAUUGAAGGAGUCUUAUCACCAAUGUGGAAUGAGACAUAAAAGACUGAAAAAAAUAUUUAUUGUGCUUCAUCAAGAACUGAAGAACCUUAAGCAGAGGCUCAUAGAGUUUGCUGAGUCGCACUCAACGGAUUGAUAAUGAAUUGUUACUAACGUGUUAUCCAACAGAUUGGAUCCUCCUUGUUCACACCUAAGGUGCAAUCGGCUAGACCUUUCUCUGUUACUUUCAGAUAGACAUUCUUACCAAAGUGAAGUGUUGCUUUGCCUCAUUAUGAAUGGAGCACUUGUAAAUGGUUAUUGUUGGUCAUUCAAGGUGAUCGGAAUCCGUCGCAUUGUGUCCAUGGUCCUUGAAGAAUUGAAUGUGUGAUGUGCAAAUAGGCUGGUACCCAAAUUGGGUGUGUAUAAUGUGUAGAAAUUUGGCUUUUUGGCCCCAAAUUUUGUUCUAGAUUUUUUUUUGACAGCUUUGUUUAAUCUUGCUUGCUACCAACAAUUUGUUUCAAUGUGUAUACAAAUUAUUGAAAAAAUAAAAAAAAGAAAAGGAAAAAGGAUUCUCAAGCA